AGGAGUUCUGAUUGUGAGUGAAGAAAAAAUCACUGAAAAUUCUAUAAACUCUGAGAGAAAAUCUCUCCUCUUCGAUCUGUGUCUCUUAAUUAAUUUAGAGACAAGAAAAUUAAGCCGAGGAAAUAUAUUAAUCAUGGCUAGGCUGAUGACGGAUACACACUACUGGAAUCAAGUUACUAAAGAAAGAAAUGGUAUGUGGAAGUGCAAUCGAUGUGGACAUAAGUAUAAGGGAUCAGGUGUUUCAAGAAUUAAAGCGCAUGUAGAUCAGAUACCAGGUCAUGGCAUUGCUGUAUGCCCUGUUGAUCGUGAUAAUGAAGGAGCUCACAACAAUAUUGCUUCCAGUUCAACUAAUCCACAAGACGUUGCAAAUGCAUCCAAUCCAUUACAAGGUUUGGCACCAGCUGUGAACGGAAGCAGCAAUAUUACUAACAGUGUUUUGGAAAGUGGGAUUAAUCACUUCAAUGAAUUAGUUUUUGAUCUAACACGUGAGGAAGACGACAUUAAAGGACAAUUACAAUGGCUUGAGUCCCGGGGCAAAAAGCCCAAGAGACAAGUCGAUAUUUGGUUGAAUAAAUCACAAGACUUGAAAAAAAGAGCCUACGGAUUGGACAUAGAGCAAUUGACUGAAGAAGUGCGAAAGCAUAAGAAACAGAAGCCUCUUGUGUUGUCAAAUGAAAUGGUUGGUGGAUUUUUUGAGAGCAAUAUUAAGGAGAUGUGGAAACUUCUUGAGGAUGACCAAGUCUUCAUCAUUGGCAUACAUGGGAUGGGAGGAGUUGGAAAAACUUCUCUAGUAACUCACAUGGAGAAGGAAAUAAAAAGGAAUGGAACUUUCAAUGAUGUCUUUUGGGUCACUCUUUCCCAUGAUUUUAGCAUUUUAAAAUUGCAACAUGACAUCGCAGAAAAAACAGGUGUGAAGCUUAGUGGAGAUGAUGAAAGAACCAGAGCAGCAAAUCUGUCAUUGGAGUUGGAGACAAAAGAAAAAUCAGUACUUAUUUUGGACGAUGUUUGGAAAUAUAUUGAUCUACAGAAGGUGGGAAUUCCUCUUAGAAUGAAUGGCAUCAAAUUAAUUCUGACAAGUCGUUUGAAACAUGUGUGUCAACAGAUGGAUUGCCCAUCAAAUAAUAUAAUAAGAAUGUACCCUCUCUUUGAUGAUGAAGCUUGGGAGUUAUUUUUGUUAAAACUUGGACGCCAUGGAACCCCCGCAACACUUCCCCCUGAAGUAGAAAAGAUUGCAAGAUGUGUUGCAGCAAAAUGCAGAGGUUUACCACUUGGAAUCAGUGUGAUGGCUAGAAUCAUGAAAGGGGAAAAUGAAAUUGAUCGAUGGAGACAUGCAUUAAAUAAACUUCAAAACUUGGCAAUGGGGGAAGAAAUGGAAGAAGAGGUCUUCAAGGUAUUAAAACUCAGCUAUGAUAAUUUAACAGGAAAGAACAUGCAAAUCUGUUUCUUAUAUCUUGCAUUACAUACCGAAACUGUAAGUUCUUCCGAGUUAAUUAUGAAGCUUGUUGAUGGUGGACUGAUAAAUGGAAUGAGUAGACUGGACGAAAUAUUUGAUGAGGGUCAUACCAUAUUGGAUAAACUGAAAGAUCAUUCUUUGUUGAUAGAGGAUAGUGAUGACCUGCAUAGUCUGGUGAGGGACAUGGCCUUUCAUAUCCUUAAAGAGAAUCACAAGUACUUGGUAAAAUAUGGUGAAGGAUUGAGUAAGACACCUCACAUGCAGGAAUGGACGUCUGAGUUGGAGGUUGUUUCUUUGAUUGAUAACAAGAUAGAAGAAAUCCCAGAGGGCACAUCACCUUGUUGUCCACGUUUGUCCACCUUGAUUUUAAGUCGUGGUUGGCUCAAUCAUAUUCCGGAGUGCUUUUUCAUGAACAUGAAUGCUCUAUCCGUGCUCGAUCUAUCUUAUAAUUAUAGCUUAAGAUAUUUGCCAAAUUCGCUGUCUAACUUGAGGUCCCUUAUUUCUUUAGUGCUCCAUGAAUGUUCAGAGUUGGAAUAUGUGCCUCCAUUGGGAGAGCUACAAGCAUUGUCGAGAUUGGACAUUUCAUGUUGUUCAAUUGACCAAGUUCCACAAGGCUUGGAAAAGCUAAUCAACUUGAAAUGGCUUGAUCUAUCCGGGAACGAGUAUUUGGAGUUGGUACCAGGGUCUGUGCUACCCGGUCUGAUCAAUAUGCAAUACCUCAAUCUCCUCCGUUGUCCUUUGGCUACACUAACUGGGGAAGAUAUACAAGGGAUGAGUAAGCUAGAAUGUUUUGGAGGCUGGUUUCAGGACUUAAAGGAAUACAAAACUUAUGUGCAAAAAAUCUUAGACUCCGGUUUUGGGCCCAAAACUUGUCAUCUCCAUUUGGGAGAACAUGAUAUUGCAGAUGAUUGGUGGGCAAAUCUAGUUUUGGGCCCUGAUUUUCAUCUUGUUCCAAGUAAUAGAAUAGUUCAAUGUGUUCGAGAUUGCGAUGCUGGCCCCCUUUUGCUGCCAAUAGACCUUCUGGAACUGUUUAUAUAUGACAAUAAUCAAUGGACAUGCUUAUGUAAUUCUCUGUCACUCAUCGAUUCUUCUUCUUUGAGGAAAAUUGAUAUUACUAGUUGCACAGAACUGAAGAGCUUGUUUUGCUUAUCUGGUUCUUGUUCCUCGUGCACUAAUAUCCAAAACCUCGAAUCUUUGGUUCUUAAUGAUUUGGAAAAUUUAACUGCCAUCUGUAAGGAAGAUGUUGCUGCUAAUGUAACACAAUCUUUGCUUCCGAGUGGCGUGUUCUCUCAUCUCAAGCAUUUUAGAAUCUGGCACUGCAAUGGGAUAGAGAAGUUGUUGACACCUGGGUUAGUGGCACAACUUCAUAACCUGGUGACCAUAACAGUAAAUGGUUGUGCUUCCAUGAAGGAGAUAUUUGCUGUGAGUAACUCGGGAGAUGAUGAUGGUUACAGCAUUACACUCCUCAGGUUAACCAGAUUGAAGUUGAUAGAUUUACCACAGUUGGAGAGCGUGUGCAGAGGAAUUUUAGUUUGCGGAUCCACGCAGCUAUUGCACAUUGUUAGCUGUCCCAAUUUAGAGAGGUUCCCUACUAUACAAAGUCCUUUGUGAUUGUGAUCUUGACUUUUCUGAUUCUAAUUUUCAUUUUUUUUUACCUUAUGUGUGUGUAUGUUGUGUUGUGUAACUUGUACAAAUUAAUAUGCAUCUUGAAGCUUCUUUUUUGUUCAGGAUGUAUAGUAGAAUUUUCAGCUCACCUCUAUCCUUAGAAAUUGGGGAGUCUUGUGUAUGGUGUAUGUCAGUUUUUUAUGUAUAACACGAAAGAUAUA